CAAAACCCACGUCAACGACGUGAAAAACCGCGACUCUCGCGAACUCUUCUAGCAAAGCAAUAUGGCUCACUCCAACGUUUGGUUCUCCCGCCCCCGCAACUACGGCAAGGGCUCGCGCCAGUGCCGUGUCUGCGCCCACCGCGCCGGUCUCAUCCGCAAGUGGGGCCUCGACAUGUGCCGCCAGUGCUUCCGUGAGAAGUCCAAGGCUAUGGGCUUCGUCAAGUUCAACUAAACUAGCACACUCAGGUGCUUCGUUGGCUUGUGGGG